GUCUGUCGAGGGAGGAAAACAGGCGGCAGAGCGCGGCUCCGCGCAGCCCAGCGGGCUCCCGGCCGGCUCGGGCGCCGUGCCCACCAUGCCCCCCCCGGGCCGGCCGCGGGGAGCCGGGGGGCUGCGCUGAGCCCGGCCAUGGGGCCGCGGCGGUGGCCGCUGCUCUGGUGCCUGCACGCCGCCCUGCUCCUGGGGGGGGCACAGCGGCCCCCGGCCUCGCCACCCCCCGGGGUACCCACGUCGGAGCCGGGGACGUCGGGGGACGCCGAGGGCUCGGCGGCGGCUCUGGCCUUCCUGCGCUCGGGCGAUGCGCAGCGCCUGGCCCGUGCCAACUGCAGCCGGGGCGUCGUGGCGGGGGCCCCCGAUCCCGCCCCCCCCCCGGCUCUGCGGGCCGCCCUGCGUGCCGCCCCCGAGGCGCUGGCCCAGGCCGCCAACUUCCUCAACAUGCUCUUCCAGAGCAACGACAUCCGCGAGGCCAGCGUGGCCGAGGACGUGGAGUGGUACCAGGCGCUGGUGCGCAGCCUGGCCGAGGGGCACCCCUGGGUGCGCCGGGCGGUGCUGGCCCUCGACGCCCACCCGCUGGCCGCCAAGCCCCGGCUGAUGCUGCAGGCCACGGCGGGCGACGGCGAGAUCCGGCUGCGGGACGUCUCCAACGCCGCCCCCAGCCUGGGCAACCGCAGCUGGGACAAUGAGUGGUUCAACGCCCUCCGCUCCCAGCGCAGCCCCCAGCUCCACAAGAGGGUGCUCAGCAACGACCUGCGCAGCAUGGAGACCCCCAAGUGGCAGCGGGGCGACAGCUACGUGGGGGAGCCGGGCCACGUGCGGUGGUCGCCGCCGUUCCUCGAGUGCCAGGACGGCAAGUUCCUGCCCGCCUGGGCCGUCACGCUCUCCUCCGCCUUCUACGGGCUCAAGCCGGACCUCAGCCCGGAGUUCAAGGGCGUCGUGCGGGUGGACAUCGAGCUGCGGGACGUGGGCAUUGACCAGUGCGCCAGCGGGCCGGGCUGGUUCGCGGGCACGCACCGCUGCGACCUCAACAGCACCCAGUGCGUCCCCCAGGAGAGCCGCGGCUUCGUCCUCGGGCAGUACGUGUGUCGGUGCAAGCCGGGCUUUUACGGGGCCAGCGGAGUGGCCAUCGGCACCGGGGCAGGCGUGGCGGGGAGCCCGGUGCUGGUGGAUGGGGGGCCCCGGCUGGCGUGCCGCCCCUGCCGCGAGGGAUGCGCCACCUGCAUGGACGACACCCCCUGCCUGAUCCAGGAGGACCGGGCGCUGCGGGCAGCCAUCCUCUCCUGCCAGGCCUUCUGCAUGCUGGCCGUCUUCCUCAGCAUGCUCGUCUCCUACCACUUCCGAAGGAGCAAGAGGAUCCGGGCGUCAGGAGUCGUCCUCCUGGAGACCAUCCUCUUCGGGUCCCUCCUGCUCUACUUCCCCGUCUUCAUCCUGUACUUCAAGCCCAGCAUUUUCCGCUGCAUCGUGCUGCGCUGGGUGCGCCUGCUGGGCUUCGCCACCGUCUACGGCACCAUCGCCCUCAAGCUGUACAGGGUGCUGAGGGUGUUCCUGGCCCGCACGGCGCAGCGCGUGCCCUGCAUGUCGAGCGGGUGGGUGCUGAAGAUGCUGGGGCUGAUCCUGCUGCUGGUGCUGUGGUUCCUGGCGGCCUGGACUGUGGGGAUGCUGGAGAACGUCGACAAGAACAUCCCGCUGGUGAUCCGCACCCAGACCACCCGCGGGCUCCACUUCUACAUCUGCGGCCACGACCGCUGGGACUACAUGAUGGUGGUUGCCGAGAUGCUGUUCCUGCUGUGGGGCAGCUCCCUGUGCUACGCCACGCGCGCCGUGCCCUCCGCCUUCCACGAGCCCCGCUACAUGGGCAUCGCGCUGCACAACGAGCUCAUGAUCUCGGCCGCCUUCCACGUGGCCAGGUUCGUCAUGGUCCCCUCGCUGCACCCCGACUGGACCCUGCUGCUCUUCUUCGCUCACACCCACAGCACCGUCACCAUGACCCUGGCGCUGCUUUUCAUCCCAAAGUUCCUGCACGCCGGCUCGCCGCUGCGGGAGGAGAUCGCGGCCGAGGUUUACGAGGACGAGCUGGACAUGCGGCGCUCGGGCUCCUGCCUCAACAGCAGCAUCGCGUCUGCCUGGAGCGAGCGCAGUCUCGACCCCGAUGACAUUCGGGAGGAGCUGAAGAAGCUCUACGCGCAGCUGGAGGUGCUCAAGACACGGAGGAUGGCAGCCAACAACCCCCACCUGCCCAAGAAGCGCGGGUCCCGCCGGAGCCUGGGCCGCUCCCUCGUGCGCCGCCUCGCUGAGCUGCCCGAGGCCGUGGCGUCCCGGGGCAGCCGGGAGGAGCAGCUCCGGACCCCCGGCAGCCGCCGCGCCUCGGCCAAGCGGCUCCCCAGCACCGGCAGCGCCAGCCUGCGGGUGCGGGACGGGGGCUCCCGACACCACGCCGCCGCCCUGCGCAAGUCCCGCAGCUCCGAGAGCCCGGCGUGGGACCCCCGGGGCGGCUCACCUGGCCCCGUCCCCACCAGGGACACCGUGCCGGGGCCACCAGCGGUGACCGCAGCAGGCUCAGAGCAAUCCGACAGCGAGUCCCUCGACGCCGCCCCGCUCGUGUGCAAGUCGGCCAGCGCGCACAACCUGUCGGGGCACGGGCAGCCCCCCCAGCCCCGCGCCGCCCUCCUGCUGAAGUCGCUCAGCGUCGUCGCUGGUGCGCGGGAUGAGGCCCUGCUGGUGGCCAGCCGGGCUGCCCGGGACGGGCGGGAUGCCGAGCUGCGUGCCCAGCAGCACCCGGCCGCGGGGCGCCCCACGGACCAGGGACCCCCUGAGCAAGCCGGGAAGCCUCAGAGCCCAGCUGCAGCCACCGGGACUGCCGGAUCCCCCCUGCCAGCCGGCUCCGGCCGUGCCGACGGGGGUCCCUCGUGUGAUGGGGCCCCCCCAGGGGAUGACAAGGCGCAGAAACACGUCACCUACGCGCCCACCAAGAGCGUCAGCGUUGACAGCUCCCACCUCUCAGGGCGGGUGCGGGUGGCGGUGAGGAGGACCCCGCCGCCGCCCCCCGUGCGGUACCAGAGCCUGAUGCACCACGCUGUGGCAGCUGGGGACAGCGGGGAGCCACCAGACCCACCCGUGGGGACACCCGUGGGGACACCGGGCCGAGCAUCCCUCCCAGCGGGGCAGGGCCGGCUGCAGCCCACCCGCUCCAUCCCCGCAGAGGUUUGCCCCUGGGAGCUGAUCCAGGAGGAGAUUUUGAGCCAGAAGCAAAAAGCCGCCGAGCCUUCAGCCUCAGGGACCCCUGGUGACACCCCAGCGCCCCCCCCAAGCCUCAAGCCAUCCUCCCAGAAAACCUUCAAGAGCCUGGGGUUGGCCAUCAAAGCUUUGAACCGCUCCAGAGGCAAAAACAGCCUGAAAGGAAAGAAGGGGAGCGAGGGCAGCCCCAGGGCAUGGGUCCGAGACCGAGACGGGGGCAGCAGGAGGGAGAGGCCCAAGCCGGCACGGACACUCACUCUUUCUCCAGGGGGGAGCAGCAAAGGCCCCACAAAUGGAAGCCCCAAGCCAAGCCCACGGGAGGGGGACGCGGUCUCCUGCCAGCACAACAACGCCGGCUCCACGAUGGAAAGCCCAGCCUGGGGGGACAGCGGGGGAAAGGCAGAGGGACAGCAGGACGGCACGGCCGUGGAAAGAGGCGGUGGUGAGGAACCGGCAGAGGAGCCCGGCGCUGCCCUGGGGAGCACGGAUGCCGGAGAGGUCCCAGAGACUCCCUCGGGGACGCACGAGGUCUCACCCAGCAUCAGCUGCCAGGACACCACGGAGCAACCCCCCCAAACCCCGGCACCGCCACCACCGCCACCACCGCCAGCUGCGGAACCGGGCACGGGCGGCCCCCGUGCCCCCAGGCACAGCGCGGCUGCUGCGGGGCCGAGGGCUGAGGUGUGUCCCUGGGAAGCCCUGGGUGCCCCCCCGGGGGCUUUGGCACUACAGGAGGCAACGGCUGCUGGGGGGGGAAGCCCCAAGAAGGUUUUGGGGAAGGGGGGCAGCCAGCCCGGCCCCUGCAGUGCCAGGGAGGGACGCGGCACCGAGGGGCUCCCCGCGAGAAGCAGGAGCACGGAGGUGGCCCAGGCGGGUGGUUGUGUUAGAACGGAGAUCUGCCCCUGGGAGGGGAGCGGGGGCGAGGCUGGUCCCCCCCAUGAGGGUCCUGGCAGCGUCCGGCCCGGGGCAAAGCUGGGGGAAAAGCCCCCGGAGCUGCCAGCAGUGGCUCCAGGGACAGCGGGCAGCGCGGGGGGCAGGAGGAUGGCCGAGGUCUGUCCGUGGGAGAGCAGGGAGGGGACGGCCAACAGAGCAGAAAUUUGCCCCUGGGAGGUGGGGGAGCCUCAGCCCGAGGAGGGAAAGGCGCAGCAGGAUGGAGGGAGGCUGCCCAGGGGGGGCAGGAGCAUCCGCCCCCAGUCCCUGGGUGUGCUGAGGGCACAGGAGAGUGGGGGCAGCCAGCCAGCGGCCGGCCGGUCCUGGGGCAGUGCCAGCACCGAGCUGCCCCCCCCUCGAGCAGCUCCCAACAGCUCGGAUCUGCCAAAACUCACCUCCAAGAGCCCAGAGAGCGUGAGGGCCUCGGCGUGUCCCUCAUCAACCCAAGCUGGAAACGCUGACAGCAAGAAGGCCGACGUCUGCCCAUGGGAAGCUGAGGAGGAGCCGCUGGGCAAAGCAGAAAUUUGCCCUUGGGAAGUAGCCACAGCUCCGCCAGGGAAGGGAAGACGGAGUCAGGACACGCGUGGGACUCCCCCAGCAGACGUCAAGCCCAGAUCAAGAGAACCCGAGGGCAGCAAAGCAAAGCUGGCAGGGGAGGGCGGUCGGGCGGCAGGCAGGGACACCCAGCUCCUCGCUAAGCUCUUUGCGAAGAGCCUGGAGGGGUCGAAAGCCGAGCCCAAGAAAUCCCAGAGCGCAGAGAGCGCGAAGGCCGAAAUCUGCCCCUGGGAGGCAGCUGCACCCCCCUUCGAUGAGCAAAAGGCGAAGCAGCCUCCGAGGGGUGGCCCGGGGGGGGAGAAGCGCUUCAGGCGCCAGGCAGCUCUGGUGAGCCCGGCGAGAUCCCUGGAGACGGGCGGCACCGAGGCCGCGUGCCCCUGGGAGCCCCCGGCCAGAGCCCGCACGGGGGGCCCAGCGCUGCCCACAGCCGGGGAGCCCCGGAGCAGCGAGGGCCUGAAGGCGGAGGUCUGUCCCUGGGAGGCUCAGGAGCUGGGAGCCAGGGCCAAAGCCGAGAUCUGCCCCUGGGAGGCGGCUGUUCUCCCGUCAGAUGAAGAGAAACCAAGGCGGGACGAAGGUGGUCUGUCCAGAGGGAGCAGAAACGCUUCUACGGGUCAAGGCGACCGGAGGAAGGAGACCGGAGACAGCCCGUCUGCAAAAGCAAGCUGGGACCGUGAGUCCGUCUGCCCCUGGGAGAGCCCGGGCACGGGGGGCUCCUCGGCGGGGGGCACGAAGAGCCCAGAGCUGCCGAAAGCUGCUUCCACGAAACCGGGGAGCGCCGUGGCCGAGGUCUGCCCCUGGGAGAGCCCGGGCCCGGGGAGCCCAGCGCUGCCCCCAGGGAGAGCCCUGAGCACGGAGGUCUGUCCCUGGGAGGCUCAGGAGCCGGGAGCCAGGGACAAAGCCGAGAUCUGCCCCUGGGAGGCGGCCGCGCCUCUGCCAGGGAAAGGAGCCUUUUCUGAGAGGACCGGGGCAGCCCCAGGUGAGGCGAGCCUCCGGCCGAAACACCGGGGUGCCUCCAAAGCCGUGGAGAAGGGGAGCAGCGAGCGGGAGGCCGCCGUGCAGGUGAAGCAUGCAACCAACCAGAUUGUGAUGAACUGUGCUGACAUUGACAUUAUUACGGCUUCCUAUGCGCCAGAGGGAGACGAAGAGGUACACGCCACAGGGUUCAACUAUCAAAAUGAGGAUGAGAAGGUUACCCUCUCCUUUCCCAGUACCCUUCAGAAAGGGACAGGAACGCUAAAGAUAGACUUUGUAGGGGAGCUGAAUGAUAAAAUGAAAGGUUUUUACCGAAGUAAAUAUACUACCCCUACUGGAGACACACGCUAUGCUGCUGUCACUCAGUUUGAGGCUACUGAUGCUCGCAGAGCCUUCCCUUGCUGGGAUGAGCCUGCUAUUAAGGCAACGUUUGAUAUUUCGUUGGUGGUUCCUAAAGACAGAGUAGCUUUGUCAAAUAUGAACGUCAUCGACCGCAAGCCGUACCCGGAUGAUGAAAACCUGGUGGAGGUGAAGUUUGCUCGCACCCCUAUAAUGUCGACAUACCUGGUGGCAUUUGUGGUGGGCGAAUACGACUUCGUAGAGACCAGGUCCCUGGAUGGCGUCUUAGUGCGUGUUUACACUCCCGUUGGCAAAGCAGAACAAGGAAAGUUUGCAUUAGAGGUUGCUGCUAAAACUCUGCCUUUUUAUAAGGACUACUUCAAUGUUCCUUACCCUCUUCCUAAAAUUGAUCUCAUAGCUAUUGCAGAUUUUGCUGCUGGUGCCAUGGAGAACUGGGGCCUUGUUACUUAUAGGGAGACUGCAUUGCUCAUUGACCCCAAAAAUUCCUGUUCUUCAUCUCGCCAGUGGGUUGCUCUGGUUGUAGGACAUGAACUUGCUCAUCAGUGGUUUGGAAACCUUGUGACUAUGGAAUGGUGGACCCAUCUCUGGCUGAAUGAAGGAUUUGCCUCCUGGAUUGAGUACCUAUGUGUAGAUCACUGCUUCCCAGAGUACGAUAUCUGGACUCAGUUUGUUUCUGCUGAUUACACGCGAGCUCAAGAGCUUGAUGCCUUAGACAACAGCCAUCCUAUUGAAGUUAGUGUUGGCCAUCCAUCCGAAGUGGACGAAAUAUUUGAUGCUAUUUCUUACAGCAAGGGAGCGUCUGUAAUCCGAAUGCUACACGACUACAUUGGUGAUGAGGACUUUCGGAAAGGAAUGAAUUUAUAUUUAACGAAGUUCCUGCAGAAGAAUGCAGCUACAGAGGACCUUUGGGAAAGCCUGGAAAAAGCUAGUGGUAAACCUAUUGCUGCUGUGAUGAAUACAUGGACCAAACAAAUGGGAUUUCCGCUCAUUUAUGUGGAAGCUGAACAGCAAGAAGAGGACAAAGUGUUGAAGUUAGUCCAGAAGAAAUUCUGUGCCAGCGGACCAUAUACUGGGGAGGAUUUUCCCAUGUGGAUGGUCCCCAUAAGUAUUUGUACAAGUGAUGACCCCACCUGUGCCAAAAUGCAAAUAUUGAUGGACAAACCAGAGCUGACCUUGGUUUUGAAAGAUGUUAAACCAGACCAGUGGGUGAAGUUAAACCUUGGGACAGUAGGGUUUUACCGUACCCAGUAUAGCCCUGACAUGCUGGAGAACUUAAUACCAGCGAUCAAAGACCUCUCCCUACCCCCUGUGGACAGACUUGGCCUGCAGAAUGAUCUUUUCUCUCUGGCCCGAGCUGGAAUCACUAGCACUGUAGAGGUUCUAAAAGUCAUGGAAGCUUUUGUCAAUGAGCCCAAUUACACCGUGUGGAGCGAUCUCAGCUGUAACCUGGAGAUUCUCUCAACUCUCUUAUCCCACACAGACUUCUAUGAGGAAAUCCAGGUGUUCGUGAAAGAUGUAUUCUCACCGAUAGGGGAGAGACUGGGAUGGGACCCCAAGCCUGGAGAGGGUCAUCUUGAUGCCCUUCUCAGAGGUCUGGUGCUGGGCAAACUAGGAAAAGCUGGGCACAAGGCAACAUUAGAAGAAGCCAGGCGCCGAUUUAAGGACCAUGUGGAAGGAAAACAAGUUCUCUCAGCUGAUCUGAGGAGUCCUGUAUAUGUAACAAUUUUGAAGCAUGGAGAUAGUACUACUUUAGACACCAUGCUAAAGCUUCACAAGCAAGCAGACAUGCAGGAGGAGAAGAACCGAAUUGAACGAGUUCUUGGAGCCAUCUCCCAACCAGAACUGAUUCAAAAAGUUCUCACCUUUGCACUUUCAGAAGAGGUACGUCCCCAGGACACAGUAUCUGUUAUUGGUGGAGUAGCUGGAGGCAGCAAGCAGGGGAGAAAAGCUGCUUGGAAAUUUGUAAGAGACAACUGGGAGGAACUUUAUAAUCGAUACCAAGGUGGAUUCUUGAUAUCCCGACUAAUAAAGCUAACAGUGGAUGGAUUUGCAAAUGAUAAAAUGGCCGCAGAAGUUAAGGCCUUCUUUGAGAGCCACCCAGCUCCAUCGGCAGAGCGCACUGUCCAGCAGUGCUGUGAAAAUAUUCUGCUGAAUGCAGCUUGGCUGAAGCGGGACGCCGAGAACAUCCACCACUACUUCCUGCAGCGCAAGGCCCCCCCAGCCAUGGUGUGAAUCCGUGCAUGCCACUGCUGCAGUCCUGCUGCCUCAUCGCGGGGAGAGGGAGGAGCUACCCAACAGCUGAUUCAUAUGCCAAGAAUUUGGAGUCUUUUUCUCAAACGGAUGGGGAUUGGACAAUGAAUGUAGUUAACUGGUUCCUGCUCACACUCCAGAAUUAAAUUCUAUUAAAAUUAUCAGCAAUUCAACAAAAAGAGAAAAAAGAAAAAAAGAAAUCUGUAAAUAUGAUAGUAAUAAAAUAGAGCAUAACAAAACUGUGAAACUUCCUCAAGCCUUGUCAGUGGUUAAAAUAUUUAACGCCCUCCCCCUCCUGACACCCUAUUGACAGAUGUUCUGUUUUUUACACCCUCCCCCAGCCCUCCCCCCCAAAAGAAGAAACCGGUGGUUUCUAGGUCAGUGGAAUGUUGUGGAGAGCCUGGGGCAGCAAUGGGACAAUGCCCCUGAGAGCGUUGUGUGGAACAGGUCCCUGGGCAGGGCAGGUAGCUGGCGUGGCGGAGGGUCUGCGCGUCAUUCUGUGCGAGGUUCUGGGGAGAUGUUCCCGCAGUCCCCCCCAAUCCAAGGAGUAGGUUUCCCUCCCUUUUGUGUUACCUCUCAGCAAAAAGAAAAAUGUUCUGUCGCUCUUCGGUUUCCUCCUCGGUUUCACUCGCUGAUGUCCUUCUUAGAGAUGAUGGAGUUGUAAGGAAACAUCUUUCAUAGCCACAUUAAAUAAGAGAACGAUUCAUGCAAUAUUUUUUUUUCCUUACGAAACUGCACCCUCAAAAUGCAUGCAAACGAGGAGCUAAGUACUGUGUGACUGGUUCUCCCGGCUGUGUUAGGGCAGGGCUCUUCUCUUCAAGACACCGUUACUUGUCUCACAGAUCCAGCUUGUUCAAUCUCCUCAUGGCCGUAGCAACACUAGCUUUUCGUUCCUUUCUGUGAUGUUGAUGGUAAUUUGAUUCAGAAGCCUUAAAUUAGUGAUGACUGGCGUGAUGAUGAAGUCUAAGCUGUGUGCCAUCGUUUACUUCACAAAGCAGCGUGGUCUACUAACCAGGCACAACACCCUCUAAUACAAAGGUUGAGCUCCAUUUUUUUUCUUUAACAGGAAUUCGUAUUUGGUGUGGCUUAACUGUAUUUCAGAAGGUCAUCAGACUAACUGUCAGACUGCUUCCCUGAAACAUUUUUGUGCUAUUGUUUAAAAAAAAAAAUAAUUAAAACAGUUGGCGUUAAUAAAAAUG